GCUCCCGCCUUUUGCGCGCGGGAGCCGGGCGUUAACGGCCGCCAACGGCCGCGGCGCUGGGCCGCGCGCUGACGGGAGCCCCCGGCCACUGGCUUCGGGGGCGGCGCUGUCGCUAGGGCGGCAGCUCGGCAGGAGCCGGUGCUGUUCCCGUAACCAAGGCGCUGCCAGAGACGCACACAAAACACUGAGCGAAGCGAGCUCGGGGGCCGCCUUUGCAGCUCUUCUCCUCCCUGCACCAUGCUCUGCUCCAGGCAGCGCCUGCCCGCUGCUCCCUGAGGGGAAGCCUGCCGCCCGCCGCCGGCUUCUGCCUAGUUGAGCGGGCGAUUCACACCCACCUCGUUCCCCCUGCGCCCUGUUACCUGAGUUAGCGCCGUCCCCGGGACUUGGGCUGCCGUCCCUUCGCAGCGCCUGCCCCCGCUCCUGCUGUGGCAGCCCUUCGGCGGCGGGGGAGCGAGCUGGCAGCAGCCGCCGUGGCCGGGGUAGAGGAGCCUCAGCCCCCAUCCCCGGAGCUCUUCAUGGCGUCUCACCAGCAGACCAGGAUACAAGCCUACCUGGAGAAGAAUAAGAUCGGGCCCCUCUUCGAGGUAAGGAGUUGAUGACCAAGCUGAUAACAGAGACACCUGACCAGCCAAUCCCAUUUCUAAUUGAUCAUCUUCAGUCUAAACAGGGGAACCGCAGUCAACUUCAGAGAACGUUGUCUGGAUCUGCUGCCCUUUGGGCAGAGAGUGAAACAUCAGAAAAUAAAGGAACAAGGAGAGAUUUCAGAAGUUAUGAUAAACCUUGGCAGGUAAAUGCAAAGAAGCCUAAAAAAUCAAAGAGUGAUCUUGCCGUGUCCAACAUUUCUCCACCGUCACCGGAGUCCAAGUCAUUGCCAAGGUCAAUAGAGCAUCCUAACUGGGAUUGGAGGACAAAACCGGAGAGCCAUGAUUUUGAUGAACUAAAUCAUAUUCUUCAAGAGAGCAAAAAACUUGGAAAAGCCCUUGAGAAUCUGUCUCGCAGCAUUGCUAUUUCUGAUGAACUUGAUAAGGACACAACAGGUUUUAACACCCCCCUUCUCAGACCUCGUGUGAUUGGAGAGUGGGUUGGUCGUGAAGAGAAUGAUGCAGAUCCCCUGGCUGCUGAGAUGUUGCAACCACCGAUACCAAGAAGUAAAAAUGAACAGUGGGACAGUGAGGAUAGCAGCAGUCCUGGAGGAAGCUUAAAAAUGGAGCCAAAGACCAAAGGACUAAAACAGCAACAGCAGCAACAUAAGAAACUGCUGGCUGCCAUGCUUUCUCAGGACUCCUUUGAUUCUGCCCAAAGCACAGCUCCAUCUGUAACCGAAGAAGAUAUUGACAAUGAAGAUGAUGCAAUGGAACUGUUGGAGGAUCUUGAUGAUCUAAGAAUGGAAGGAGUAACAAGUGUGAUGUCUUCUGGGAGCAAAUUCAAUCAAACUCGAAGUACUCAUCCUGCUGAGCCUCAAGCAAAGGUCACAUUGAAUAUCUGCGCAAGAUGUGCCAGAUUGCAAGGAGAUAACUUGGCAGAAAGACCAGAAGAUGUCUCAGUGGUAUCUCAAACUCUUGAGCCAGCAACAUCAGACUCUGAUGCUGGAGUAUCUGGGGUUGAAACAUUAAUGGAAGACAUUGAUGAAUUUGAGAGUGCCUCUCAAGUAGCCGGACCUUCUCAGCCAGUUUGGACCCUGGAUGCCAUGGGUGUCAGAACUGGAGGUUCCCCAAGACAGAAACUCUUAAAGGACUCCUUAGCAGCAAAAGAACUUCAGACCAUGGAAAAACACCUAGCUGAUAUUGAAAAGGACCUAGCGCUAUGGGAAGAAGCAAGACUGUCAAGAAGCCCUAGUAUCCAAUAUCCUAGUUUAGUUACAUCUGAUCAUCAAGGCAAUUUUCAAGCUACACAAGGCCAAAAUCCAAGGCCUCAGGUGCCAACUCAAAUGGGGAAAAACAUUCAGCUCCAAGGAAACAAAUCACCACCACUACCCGCUGACAGCAGAACACAGGUCUCCAGUAUUGCAAACAGUAGGCCUCUGACACCCAACACACAAACCAACAGGCCUCCGACUCCCUCAGCUCCGGGAAGCAGACCUGUGACCCCAAAUAGCUUGCUGUCACGACCUCUUACCCCUAUCAACCAGGGAAAUAAGGAAGGCAUCAUUAGUAUGCAAAGAAGCAGAUCUCUGACAUCUAAGAGCCAGUUGGGGAGGACCCUCAGCGCUGCUUCAGGGCUGUCUGUGCAACUGAGUGGAGACAUUGUUGGAACUGUCACUACUCAGAGAAGCAGUUUAUCAGAAGAUGAAUUCUUACAACAGCUUCAGCUUGCUCAUCAACCUUGGAUAUUGCCGAGUGACACAGAAAGUGAAGGAGUGGAAGCUGACCAAGACAAAUUAAGCAGGUCAAUGAAUAUGGGGACUGGGGGAAAGGAGAAGAGAGGAGGCUUGAUCCUUGAUAUGAGACUUCUGUUCGUUUUGAUUAGAUCUUGUCCGGCAAUACGUAGUACCAGUGUGAGUGUUACAGCAGAAUCUUGCGAACACUUAAUUUCUCUGUUUUUCAUUUUCCUUAUUUGUGAAGUAAGAUGAUAAAAUGUGAUAACUCACAGCAAAACUAUGAGAAAUCACCAGUUAAAGUUUGUAUAAUACGUCAUGACUGUAGGCCCCAAUUCUUUCUGCUUUGAUCUCAGCUACUUUAAAAUUACUGUAGUUUUUCAACUAUUUUACUAAACAGUGGUUGCUUCCUGUUUGUGUUAUUGUCAUUCUCUUUUACACUGGAAAAAUCAGGCUGUCAGGUGUGACUCAUCUCACCUAACUUCAGCUAUCAAAAAGUGAAGGAGUCUAGUCCAAGCUGGGAGACUGAGAUAGUUGCAGUGCAUCCCUCCUCCCCUUCAGAGGUGUCUCUUUCCUCUCUUGCAUCUCCAGCCAGACCCUUUUCUAUCUCAUGUCAUCUCAAAGUUGAUUUGAUGCUAUUAAUGUCAUUUCUACUGGAGAGAAGUCAUGAAUUGUCUAAUGGCUAUGGGGUAGCAUGGAAUGUAUUUUCUGGCUGGGAUCCCAUUUACCUCUGCAGCUAAGAAGUCCCCAGACUUCUGUGGGUAACAGUCAUGAGAAGAAUUUGCGAAAGAACCAGGCUUACAUAUAUUUGUUUUCUUUUUUUCCCCCCUUAAGAGAAAUUUUGUUACUUAAAAAUCAAACUGUGACAAUGUUUGAAUCUCUGCUAAAUGAAGUGCCUCAAGAGAAAAUAGUUGUUAAACAUAAAACAUAAGUGACAAAAAAUACAUAUAAGAUUAGUAAAGGGUAAGAAAUGUUGCUAGAAUUUCCCAGGCUUUAUUUCUUUUUUGAUGCAGAGAUUUUCAAGGUAGGUACCUUACUCUGUUGUAUAUCAAUACAGUACAGUAUUAGAUACAAAAUCGAGGCUUAUCACCUGGCAAAGUGAAACUAAAGAUCUUGUUCCAGUUGUAUUUAACUGAUUACCAGGAGAUGAUUAGAAUAGUUUGUUCCUGACAAGUGUCUUUGCUCUCCCAAAGUGAGGCCGCAUAUUUGUGUAUGGAAAAGGAGUGAAUAAAUGUGAAGUCACUGUGCCUGCUUCCUUCAGUGUUUAAAAAGGGCAAGGUAAAGGCUUCUAAGAUAACUAAUGGACCUUGUCUGUGUAAUUAAAUUUGGUUGGGGUGUUUAUUUCCCUUUUAUAACCCAGAUUCUCUAAGUGGAUCCAUGUACUAGGUCCAACUGCAGCAUUACUUUAUUUUCUACAAACUUUUUGCGGUUUUUGAUUUGUGCUACAGUCAGCAACAUUUGCAAAACAUCUACUUCAGUAUGGAUAUGUAAAUGUUUGUAAAAGCUAAAUUUCCAUUUUGCUUUGGGGAAGGUUUUCAAUGUGAAUUUUUGCAAUAUGCGAACACAUAAUUAGAAAUGAAAACAUUGCUUUCUCAGCUUAUCUGAUUAAUUGCACUUACCUAGUAUGUUUAAUGCUUUUAACAAAACUGCUCCUUUUUUGCAAUCUAUCACUAAUUUAAAAAAAAAUGGUAGAAAAAACCUCCAAAACACUAAAUAAUUGAAAAAAAAGAUAAAGAAGCUGUGAUGUGUUUCUGAACAUUUUCGUAGUGAAAAAGAAUCCAAAUUCAUCAAAAUAUUGAUCCAAAUUGCUUAUUUCAUUGUGAGUCCAGCAUUAUGGAAAACUUUUACAAAAUGCAAACACAGCAAAAGAUUAAUCUUCCUUUUAAUCCAAUCUUUGUAUUCAUUAAAUUUCAGCUCUAAUUUCUGUGUUUUUCUUUUUGA